CUGAGAGCUCUGAGCUGGGCUUCUGAGAUAAGGAAGCUUCCGGUGCGGGGGAUGUGGGUUCUCUUCCUGAGCAGUCUUCCCAAGCAGAGGGAGCCCUGGGCAGUGUCGGUGCCUCAGCCUCAUGAAGGCAUCCUGGACUGAGUCCCUUUGUCAAAGGGCAACUCCUUCAGCCAGGCGUCCCCUGUCCUGUCCUCUAGGCACAUCUGGAUUCCCAGUCUCUGGCAUUGCCUGGGAUGAGGCCUGGCUUGGUCGAUUUCCCAGUCAGGUUGGCGUUGAGUGAUCAGAGCGGCCAGGUGUCUCACCUCCUCACCCGCUGGACUUCUCCCUGCAGGAUGCUGGCACGUGUGUUCUGGUCCCCGACAACCUUCUGUGGACUAGUGAGCCGUCGCUCCUCCCGCGGCAGGACACCCACGGAGCUUUCUCAUGCCGAUCUGCAGGCAGGAGCCGAUACCUGGGGCUGGCAUUGAGCAAGGAGCAGGACACGUGCCCAAGAGACACUUUCCAUGGAAGAGGAUAGCAGUCGGGGUCCUUGGUGAAUUUUGUCAUGGUUAUUUAAGGACCCUCGCCUAGAAGUCCCAACGCGCAGUUCCCCAUCGACGGGAAGGCUUGGACUCCAAGAUGAUCAUAAAGGAAUACCGGAUUCCUCUGCCAAUGACUGUGGAGGAGUACCGCAUCGCCCAGCUGUACAUGAUACAGAAGAAGAGCCGUAACGAGACGUAUGGCGAAGGCAGUGGCGUGGAGAUCCUGGAGAACCGGCCCUACACGGACGGCCCCGGCGGCUCCGGGCAGUACACACACAAGGUGUACCACGUGGGCAUGCAUAUCCCCGGCUGGUUCCGCUCCAUCUUGCCCAAGGCGGCCCUACGGGUGGUGGAGGAGUCCUGGAAUGCCUACCCCUACACCCGAACCAGGUUCACUUGCCCUUUUGUGGAGAAAUUCUCCAUCGACAUCGAAACCUUUUAUAAAACUGAUGCUGGAGAAAACCCCAACGUGUUCAGCCUGUCUCCUGUGGAAAAGAACCAGCUGACAAUCGACUUCAUCGACAUCGUCAAGGACCCCGUGCCCCCCAGUGAGUAUCGGACUGAGGAGGACCCCAAGCUGUUCCACUCAAUGAAGACCCAGCGGGGGCCCCUGACCGACAACUGGAUCGAGGAGUACAAGCAGCGGGUCUUCCCCAUCAUGUGCGCCUACAAGCUGUGCAAGGUGGAGUUCCGCUACUGGGGCAUGCAGUCCAAGAUCGAGAGGUUCAUCCACGACACGGGCCUACGAAAGGUGAUGGUCAGGGCCCACCGGCAGGCCUGGUGCUGGCAGGACGAGUGGUACGGGCUGAACAUGGAGAACAUCCGGGAGCUGGAGAAGGAGGCUCAGCUCAUGCUUUCCCGCAAGAUGGCCCAGUUCAGCGAGGAUGAGGAGGAGGCCUCAGAGCUCUCCAAGGACGAAGCCACCCAGGACCAGACCUCUAGGGAGCCCCCUGAGCCCAGCAGCAGCGGCGGGGAGCCCCUGGCAGGCCGGGGCCUGAAGAAGCAGUGGUCCACGUCCUCCAAGUCAUCGCGGUCAUCCAAGCGCGGAGCGAGUCCUUCCCGCCACAGCAUCUCGGAGUGGAGGAUGCAGAGCAUCGCUCGGGACUCUGAUGAGAGCUCAGACGACGAGUUCUUCGAUGCUCACGAGGACCUGUCUGAUUCAGAGGAAAUGUUCGCCAAGGACAUCACCAAGUGGAACUCCAACGACCUCAUGGACAAAAUCGAAAGCCCUGAGCCAGAGGACACACAGGACAGUCUGUACCGCCAGAGUGCCCCCGAGUUCCGAGUAGCCUCCAGUGUGGAGCAACUGAACAUCAUGGAGGACGAGGUCAGCCCGCCGCUGGCUGCACCACCCUCCAAGAUCCACGUGCUACUGCUGGUGCUGCAUGGGGGCACCAUCCUGGAUACGGGCACCGGGGACCCCAGCUCCAAGCAGGGUGACACGAACACUAUCGCCAACGUGUUUGACACUGUCAUGCGCGUGCACUACCCCAGCGCCCUGGGCCACCUUGCCAUCCGCCUGGUGCCCUGCCCACCCGUCUGUUCCGAUGCCUUCGCCCUCGUCUCCAACCUCAGCCCCUACAGCCACGACGAAGGCUGUCUGUCCAGCAGCCAGGACCACAUCCCCCUGGCUGCCCUGCCCCUGCUGGCCACCUCCUCACCCCACUACCAGGAGGCAGUUGCCACAGUGAUUCAGCGGGCCAACCUCGCCUAUGGGGACUUCAUCAAGUCCCAGGAGGGCAUGACCUUCAAUGGGCAGGUCUGCCUAAUUGGGGACUGCGUCGGGGGCCUCCUGGCAUUCGACGCCUUAUGCUCCAGCAGCCAGCCGGUGUCUGAGAGUCAGAGCAGCAGCCGCAGGGGCAGCGUGGUCAGCGUGCAGGACACUGAUAUGCUGUCCCCUGGCAUCCCGGUGAAUGCGGCGCAUGGCGGUGGUGGCAGCAGCAACCUGGAGAGCAGUCGGCACCUGAGCCGCAGCAACAUCGACAUCCCCCGCAGCAACGGCACUGAGGACCCCAAAAAGCAGCUACCCCGCAAGAGGAGUGACUCAUCCACCUACGAGCUGGACACCAUCCAGCAGCACCAGGCCUUCCUGUCCAGCCUCCAUGCCAGCGUGCUGAGGAACGAGCCCAGCUCCCGCCGCUCAAGCAGCUCCACCAUGCUGGACGGUGCAGGGGCCCUGGGCAAGUUCGACUUUGAGAUCGCUGACCUCUUCCUCUUUGGGUGCCCACUGGGGCUGGUCCUGGCCUUGAGGAAGACCGUCAUCCCUGCCCUGGAUGUGUUCCAGCUGCGGCCCGCCUGCCAGCAGGUCUACAACCUCUUCCACCCCGCUGACCCGUCGGCGUCGCGCCUGGAGCCGCUGCUGGAGCGGCGAUUCCACGCCCUGCCGCCCUUCAGCAUCCCCCGCUACCAGCGCUACCCGCUGGGGGACGGCUGCUCCACGCUGCUGGUGGAGACCAUGCAGAGAAACCCUGAGCUGGUCCUGGAGGGCGGCCCCCUGGCCCCUCUCCCGCCCGGGGACAGCUUCCUGGAAACCAGUAUCCCUGUGCCCGCGCUCACCUGGCAAGACGGGCCCCGCCUGAGCCCGGGCUCGGCUGAGUCAGACGCCCUCCAGACCCAUAACACGGUCUUCCAAGAGCACGCAGCCCCCUCCUCGCCCGGUGCGGCCCCCACCACCCGAGGUUUCCGCCGAGCCAGCGAGAUCAGCAUCGCCAGCCAGGUGUCCGGCAUGGCCGAGAGCUACACGGCAUCCAGCAUUGCCCAGAAGGCCCCAGUGGCACUCAGCCACACCCCCAGCGUCAGGUGCCUGUCCCUGCUCGCCCUGCCCCCCCCCCCCCCUACACCCCCAGGCCCCCGCCUGCAGGCCAAGCGGGUGAGCCCCAGCCUGGAGAGGGUCCCCUGCCUCCCUGACUUGGACAUCAGAGAAGUUGCUGCAAAGUGGUGGGGCCAGAAGCGGAUUGACUAUGCCCUGUACUGCCCCGAUGCCCUGACGGCCUUCCCCACCGUGGCCCUGCCCCACCUCUUCCACGCCAGCUACUGGGAGUCAACGGAUGUGGUCUCCUUCCUACUGAGACAGGUCAUGAGGCACGACAAUUCCAGCAUCUUGGAGCUGGAUGGCAAGGAGGUGUCAGUGUUUACCCCGUCAAAGCCAAGAGAGAAGUGGCAGCGCAGGAGGACCCAUGUGAAGCUGCGGAAUGUGACAGCUAACCACCGGAUCAAUGAUGCAGUCGCCAAUGAGGACGGCCCACAGGUUCUGUCGGGCCGGUUCAUGUAUGGGCCCCUGGACAUGGUCACCCUGACCGGGGAGAAGGUGGACGUGCACAUCAUGAUGCAGCCGCCCUCAGGCGAGUGGCUGUACCUGGACACGCUGGUGACCAACAGCAGCGGGCGCGUCUCCUAUACCAUCCCCGAGACUCACCGCUUGGGCGUGGGCGUCUACCCUGUCAAGAUGGUGGUCAGGGGAGAUCACACGUUUGCUGACAGCUACAUCAGCGUGCUGCCCAAGGGCACGGAGUUUGUGGUCUUCAGCAUCGACGGCUCCUUUGCUGCCAGCGUGUCCAUCAUGGGCAGCGACCCCAAAGUGCGGGCCGGAGCCGUGGACGUGGUGCGACACUGGCAGGACCUGGGCUACCUCAUCAUCUAUGUGACGGGCCGGCCCGACAUGCAGAAGCAGCGGGUGGUGGCAUGGCUGGCCCAGCACAACUUCCCCCACGGUGUGGUGUCCUUCUGUGACGGCCUCGUGCACGACCCGCUGCGGCACAAGGCCAACUUCCUGAAGCUGCUCAUCUCCGAGCUGCAUCUGCGAGUGCACGCAGCCUACGGCUCCACCAAGGACGUGGCAGUCUACAGCUCCAUCAGCCUGUCGCCCAUGCAGAUCUACAUUGUGGGCCGGCCCACCAAGAAGCUUCAGCAGCAGUGCCAGUUCAUCACAGACGGCUAUGCGGCCCACCUGGCGCAACUCAAGUACAAUCACCGGGCACGGCCAGCCCGCAACACAGCCACGCGCAUGGCACUGCGGAAGGGCAGCUUCGGCCUGCCUGGCCAGGGCGACUUCCUGCGCUCCCGGAACCACCUGCUCCGCACCAUCUCAGCCCAGCCCAGCGGGCCUGGCCACCGGCAUGAGCGGACACAGAGCCAGGCGGACGGCGAGCAGCGGGGCCAGCGCAGCAUGAGCAUGGCAGCCGGCUGCUGGGGCCGCACCAUGGCUGGUCGGCUGGAGCCAGGACCAGCCGCAGGCCCCAAGUAGGGCACCAUCAGUGAGGCGCUGUGGUCUCCAUGGUGCUAGGCCAGGGUGGCCAGCCCCACCAGGAGGCCUAGCCAGGGCACACACACUUGGCUGGGGACCAGCUUGUCGCAGGGCCUGGCAGAGGACAUGGGCCGUGCCACGCACAGCCCUCCCAGCCCUGCCUCAUUAUCCUAGGGUCUGAGGAGUUCCAGCUUGUUGUGGAAGGUGGCAGGAUGACCAGUCCCAGGAUGAUGGAAGGACCAGGACCCCCCAUGUGGACCGGCCUGGAAGGCACUCCUGGACAUUUGCCCUGCCUUGACCUCCCAGCAUCCUGACACCUGCUCACUCUGCCCCCAAAGCCCCCUCCCACUUGGUAGCAGCUCCAAUGGGGGACAGCCUGCUUCUUGUUAACUCGAGUUACUCAACUGUUCAACCUCACUGGUUUUGCACUGAUUCUUGAGAGCGGAGACCCAUUACCAUCUUCUCUGGCUACAGACUCGUUGACAUGCAUGAACAUUCAGUGUGUGCUGAUCCAGGACCUGUUGCUACACAGAAGGCUCCAGGGCAGCAAAUCCUUGUGCAAGCAGGAAAGAAAGGCCAUAUCUUAAUUUCUGCAGCUCCUCCUGGCCCGCCAGCACCCUGGCAGCCCCGGACCCCUACCCAUCUGUCCUGCCCCUCCUGGAGCCCAGUCUGGAUGGGCCUGGCAUCAUCUCCAGCCCUGGACACAGCCCAGGCAGCGAGGCAGUGAAGCCCAGAGCCAGCUCCCACCUGAGAAGUCCGGCCUUGGGCUGCGGGGCCUGGACAGGCGACAGGCCUGGCCUCCUCUUCCGCUCACCUGCCAUCAGUCAAGGCCCCAUGCCUCAGCCCCUCCCGCGUUUCUACACCUUUCUACUUCUUCGAUCUGAUUUCUAUGAGGUUUUUUUAAAUGAGCGAUCCUUGGCUGCUUCCUUUUCUUAACUCUUUCAGUACCAAGCGCAGCCCCUCGACAUGAAAACACCCAGCACUGUGACGGAGUCCAGCCUGGUUCUGGGUCCCGGGGCCCUGCCUCCUGCCCAUGCAGGGGACGCGUGGGCUCCCUGCCUCACCUGACCCGUUAAUUCCACUGAAUUUCUACUCUGGGGUGGGUGGGGCACACACUUAGGUUUUUUUAAUGCCAAUUCCGUUUUGAUGCCGAAUCUAAGAAGCCACAACUUGCUUCGUUAGCUUAGGGGCAGGCAGCCGCGACUUCAUUUCCCACCUGAUAAGGACCAUGCUGUCCUGCACGCUGGGUCUGAGCAUCAGCCCUCCCUCCCCAGAACCGACCAGUCUGAGCUCUGGCACUCGGUCCACGUGGCCCUCUGCUGCUCCUGCACCUUCUCUGAGGCGGGGGAGCCUGCCUGGCCUCAGCCAGCCGUGCAGCAACCAGGCUCCUUCUGUGAGAAGCUGUUGCCAACCUGGAUACGGCCUCAGGGCCUCGUGGGCCGGGACAGGGAGGCGCACAGAUCGAUGUUAACGUUUUCCCAUGUGUAGAUAUGUACAGCCAAAGGGUUGUGUAAAUGGUCUGCCAAAGUGGGUCUAUACAGAGUGAAAGCUAUUUAUUUUGUGCAGAGAAAAAUAUCUGGAAGGACAGGACCUUCAGGGUUUAUUCAUAUUUAAGACGUAGCUGUUUGUUGUUUCAGGCAUUAUGUAUAAAGCGAAGAUUACUUUAUGGACCAAGUUUUCCUGUAACUGUUGCAGUGGAAGUGCAAUAUCUGACCCCCUGCUCCCCAGCGGGAAAUCACUCGGCCCGACAAUCACGGCCCCAGCAAGGGGCCCCUGUGGCCAGUGCCUCCUCCUCUCUCGGUCCCACCUGACCUUGUCUUGCCUACUACCUGGGUGACCAGCCAUCCGGAGAAGCACCUGGAAGAGUCUCGGGCCCGCCUGCAAUAAAGACCAGGAGGCCUCCUGGCCUGGGGAGGCCGUGUGGGCAGUGGGCUCAGCCUCUCUCAGCGGGCAGCUCCCCCAUGGCUCCACGCUGCCCGCCCGCCUGCCCAGCCGCCAGCCAUGCCAAGGACAACAGCAAUAGUCCCCCGGGCCUCUCCCAGCGGCCCUUAGCCAUAGAUGGUGAGAUGGGCAGCCCACCCUUCCCGCUGACGUCUCUCUUCUAUAUCCAGGUCUGCUUCCUGCCUCCCUUAGAUUCCUUUCAGCACACUCUCCUCUUGAGGAAGCACUAGUUUCUCAGAAACUAAGAGAGGAAGGGCAGAGUCCUUUAAAAAUACCAAAAAUGUUUACAGCGUUGGGUGCUGAGCUGCAGGGCUCAGGCCUGACCAGUCGCAACCAAAGGGUGAGGCAGGCCUUGCUGACUGCCACCCCCACCCCAGGCCUGUUGGAAUAGAAGCCUUAGUCCCACCCCACCCCACCCCAGGACUGAGCCUCAGCCCACCACCCCCAGAUCCGACCACCUGCCUUCUCUUUGAUUUCUAAAGAGGGAUUCAGCAGAGACCCCUCCCCCCCCCCCUUUCCCAGCCCGGUCUGAGCUGCCUGCCUGCCCGCCACGUCACAGUCUUCACGUCUCGGCCCCCUCCUGUCCGUCUGUCUGGGCCACGUGUGAGCAGUGUUCUGACGCGCCCGGCCCACCCUUGCUGUCCCUGCACCACCAGGCCUGAGUGUGCUCUGUAUGCAGUGUCGUCGUCUGUACACCAAUUAAAGCAGCAGGAAGGCUUC